AUGAGCGAGGAGUCGCUUUGCCCACUGACCUUGGGUACCCUUGGCCCCGGCUCAGGUUCCUCAUCCCCCCGGGCUCCCCCAGCCCAGCCCCUGGGGGUGCGAGAGCCGAGCGCCCCCCCCGACCCGCCUCAAGCCCCUUCCCGGGGGCGGCCGGCAGCCGGGGCCGCCCCUUCUUUGCAGGGAAAGGGAAAGCGAAAGCGAAGCGCGGUGUCACUGCGGAGCGGGGCCGGGGGCGGCGGGCGUUCGGCCGGCACCGCAUCCCCCCCGGGGCAUCACCCCGGGAGCAUCCCCGGCCGGAGCAACCCCUCCGGAGCACCCCGCCUGGAGCAUCCCUGGCCGGAGCAUCCCCCCCGGGGUACCCACCCCGGAGCAUCCUCCCCCGCCGGAGCAUCCCCGCUCGCCCCGCGGCAGCUGGAGAAAUCUGCCCCGGGAAGCGGCCACUGGCGAAGCUGGGGGCUCGUCCGUCCAGCUGGUGUCACAGGGAGCAGCCGAAGCUGGAACCAGCUCCCGACGUGUUCACAGUCUGGUGGCUCACCAGGACUUUGGAUCGAGACGUCAGACUCAAGUCAAUGGGUUUUGGGAGACGCACCUGUGGCCGCAUGGACUAUCUUUAAUAGCGUCUGUCGGUCAGGAGCUGGUCCGUCUGCCCGGUCGUGUCAGCGGUCCCAUGUGCUGGAGAGGAUGCAGAUCUUCGUUCCCGGGCUCAGUGGGUUUCCCCUGUGGACCUUCAUCCUCUCCUGGCUGCAUGGAGCGUUACGGGCUCGGGGAUGGAGUGUGAAGAGGGGAAACUCUCUGUGCAUGGCCCGAGUGUCGGGAGAUGCUGCAUCUGCCCCGCUCCUGCCCAGCCCAGCAUCCUCUGCGACUUUGGAGCAAAUCCCUCGGUCCCUUUGCAUUUCUGUACCCAGCCGCCCUCCUCCGGGGGAAUCGCAGCUUCCUUACUUGGGGGUGGAACUUCGGGCUUCCGUGGUGGAUUCGCACGUCGCAGCGGAGCUGGGCUGUGCGAGGGGAAGCAGCUUGUGGGAAAGCGCUUGAUACAUGGUUUAUACCCAGAAGAGGCAUGGGAUGAAGCCAUGGGAAACCUCCGCCGUGGAAGUGGUGGUGGUUUCUGGUGGAGCGGCGGUCGAUGGUCCGCACACCCAGCAGCUCCAGGGCUCCCCACCAGUGACUGGGCAACGGCCAACCGGGUGUCCAACAUGAGAUGGGGACACCAUGGGGGAAAGUGGAAGAAAGACGGUUGAGUUAGUCCUGAAUCUGAAUUCAGGUUCACAGCCACGUGCUUUGCAACUGUUAUAGAUAAAGAUCUUCAUUUUGGCAUUUCUUGUGCGUUCUGGAGCCAGAACUCGGCCUGUUUCUGCUCUGUGUAAGAGCUUUGGGAACGCUGGCGUGCCAGGUGUGUAUUUUUAGGUCACUUCCAGAGAAGUGGAUUCAUUUCGAUGGAACCAGCCAAUGCCUUGGCACUCAGACAUGUUGUGAUGGGGAUGGAGGACGGUUUCCACCGGGAGGUUUUGACCUCGCUCGCACGUGUGUUACUGCUUGAUUUAUCUUCACUGACGCUCAGACUCGGACCCUACCACGAUCAUUGUCAGACCAUCUCUGGAUUUCAGUGGCCAAAUGCUUAAAAACAGGAGCCCCCAGCAAGGGCUUCCUCUGCCUAACACUAAAACAAAGACCAACCUGGGCUGAACUAAUUCGAUCCCUCUCUUCAGAAGGUCUCUUUGCUUUCCUGGAACCACCUGGUUUGUUAGAAAUGGGGCUUUUGCAUGUAUUAGGAAUGUAGAGCUCUCAUUCCCACAGGCACGUGGGGACGUGGCGGAAUGAAUGUGCAUGUUGUAUCUUGGUAAGGUAGUCUUCUGGGGUUGUCAGGCUUUUUGAAGGAGGUUUGAAACAGGGACCAGUUUUACCUCAGACGAGGCCCUGGGUCCUCACUUAACGAACUGUGCAACUCCAUAUACAUUUCUCAACCUACGAUAUAGUACAUUUAAAUCUCCUCAAAGAUGUUGGCAGGAUUCAUUUCUCCUGUGUACAUGUAACAUAUUUGUUCAUCUGUGCCAUUGUACAGCUCCUUUCAAACUGAAUUUUAUACUAGAAUAGAGCAAAAGUUGAAUUUAAGAUAUGAAACUGGAGGAGACCAUAUUUCAUACUGCAUAAAAUGCACCUCUGGAAUUCUCAGUUCUCCUUUUCUGCAGUAUUACUAAUGCCUUUAUAAAGUAUCAUGGCUGAUGAGAUUUAAAAAAAAAAAAAAAGAAAAGAAAAGAAAAAAGAAAAAAAAACACCCUGCGGCUUUGGAUUUAUUCACUUCAAGUUUGUGGUUAAUAUUUCCCAGGCUGCUUCGAGGUGAGUGUGAGUUCAGUCCUCGCGGCGCUGCCUCACCAGUCUCCGCUGCCGUUUCUAAAUGACUCUGAUAAAAGACUGUGAAAAGUGGACCUGUGGUAAAUUGCAUCAUCCUCGCUAUGCGUUUUAAGAUGGGGACACGCCACGAGCUGCAUAUCCGGGUCACGCUUGGCCUCCCCCCGCUCUCCUCCGCCUCAGCCCAGCCCAGGGUGGGUGCCAACCCUCUGCCUGAAUUAACUGGGUAAUUAAUUGCAAAUUAAUUAUGUAACCGUGUGGCUCUAGCCGUGCCCCUCUCCUCUUUGCAGUAGGAGUUUGGCAGCAGCUGGUGCUGAUGGAGAUGCUGGAUUUCUCUCUGGUGGCAGAUGAAGCGGCUGUGGUGGGGGGGAGCCCCCAGCCCCCAUGCACGGGACCCCGUCACCCACAAGUGUGGGACCCGUCUGAGCCCAGGGUGCCCAGAACAGCCCUCCAGCCUCUCGCUGCCUCUGCUCAGAGCUGUGCAACCGCCCUUUAAACCCCUUUCUUUCCAAAACGCAAAGAGCUUUUUCCCUCUGAAUCUUUGAGAGGCUUUACUUUAACCGCAUUAAACUUUGUUGCCAAAAUCCAAAGAAGUUGGAGAGGGAGCAGCCGAUAGGUGAGAAUAUGGGUGACAAAUUGCUGCUGAAGAAAUGCUUGCAAUUCAAAAGCCUCUCCAUGCGCGUCUUUAAAUGAUGUACAUCGCUGUGGGUUCUCUCCAUGCGCGUCUUUAAAUGAUGUACAUCGCUGUGGGUUACACGGGGAAGAAGCGGGGAGUCCCUGCUGGGCAGAGUUAGGUUAGGAAUCAAAGCAAGCCCGGUCUCAGGGUACAGCCAGGGCUGUCCCUGCUGCCUCUUGCAGGCAGCUGGUUGUUGUGGUGCUGGGGUAUAUCGAUGUGUUUUCUUGUAUGUAAAUAUAAGCAAGCAGAAACACAAACCCUCCCCUGUACGUGGCUGGUCUGGAACAAACCCACACAACCACGCAUUGUGAGGGAGGUAACGCAGAUGCUGCAGCCACGACAAGUGCUCGCAGGCUGCUGCGCUGGCUUGUGCUGUCCCCGCGGGCACGAGUCUGGGGUUACGCUAUUCUGGGGGUGCCCUGUGGGCCCCAUGAGCAGACCUGAGGUGCAUCCGCAUCCCGGGGCACCUCCUGGUGCUUUAGGCGUGGGUCGGGUACCUAUGGAUAGGAGUUGGGUGCUCAUUUGCACCGUGACUUCUGCAACGCCCCCUGCAUCCAUCUGCCUCUUGGCACCAAACUGCAACGUGUCCCCCGGGCCUGCAGUGCCCUUUACUCUGCACCGGUGUCGCGGGCGAAGUGAUUAACUUCACUUGUAAGGAGAGUAGUGGUGAAAUAUUUAUUAACAUAAAACAGUGAUUUAACAAAGUUAGUAGUGAAUGGGACAGUGUUCUAUGAGUUUCGAUGCCAGGGUAUGCUUGAUUAUUUACUGCAUAGAGGCCAGGGCCAGACACGCCGUCAGGGAGACCCUCCUGUUGGGUCGCGAGGUUCAGAAAGGACCCCCUGGCUUUCUAAACUCCUUCUCAGAGAGGAGUCUAGGCUGGAUCCAGUCCUAGUCCCAGACUUGGUCAGCGGUUUAUGUCUAAAGGAUUAUAUAUGCGCAAUCAAUCCUUUAUAUCGCUUAGCUAAGAUUUCAAAGUUUAGCGUGCUAUUAGUCACUUACCGAGAAUCUGUUGCGGCAAGGAAUGUCUCAACCUCGAGGAGUAGAACCUUAAGCAAGCGUCCCCACUCAAGGGGAGAUCCUGGCGUGCAGCCCGCUGCCGUGCAGGAGAGCUCCAAGGGCUCUUGGGCUGUCCACUAUUUAUGGAGUAAGAUAAUUGACCUGUAGUCAUAUUCGCAUGGGAACGAGAUACCUAGGUUCCCACUCCAGACAGUGUUUUGAUUAUGUUGCCAGCCAUCCCCCAUAGUUCAAGUGCAACUCAUCACGACUCCCGCUGAUGGCCAUGGCUCGAGCAGGAGCCGCGUGGGGGAAAAGGGGAGAGCACACCGCCACAGCCUUGCUUCUAUCAUUACACUUUCUUUUACUAAUCCGAAAUAGUUCUUAAAACCUAGUACAAGUUACAGAUUGCUUUGUUUUCAGUAUUUUCUCUCCUGGGUAGAAAACAAGUAAAGUUUGGCAGUGGUAGAAUCAUAGAAUCAUGGAAUUGCCUGGGUUGGAAGGGACCUUUCAGAUCAUCAAGUCCAACCAUCAACCUAACACUGACAAAAACCCCCACUAACCCACGUCCCUCAGCACCACGUCUGCCCGGCUUUUAAAUACCUCCAGGGAUGGCAAUUCCACCACUUCCCUGGGCAGCCCGUUCCAGUGCUUGAUAACCCUUUCAGGGAAGAUAUUUUCCUAAUACCCAUCCUAAACCUCCCCUGGCUCACCUUGAGGCCGUUUCCUCUUGUCCCAUCGCCUGUUCCUUGGGAGAAGAGACCGACCCGCCCUGGCUACACCCUCCUUUCAGGGAGCUGUAGAGAGCGAGGUCUCCCCUCGGCCUCCUUUUCUCCAGAUUUUACAACCAAGAGGUUACUUUCCCUAUUGCAGUUUUUGUACAGGAGGGGAAAUGGUAUCUUAAACAAGAAGUGCCCCGUGAAUCAGCCCCCACACGAUGGUGUGUUUCCAUGGGCACCCUGACACCCUUGGACACCUGGCGCUGGCCCGGACCUCUCGCUUUGCCACUCAUCGUAAAGCUGGAGUGACCUUGCGUGAAAGGAGGUGCCUGGAUGUGAAACCAGCUGAGGAAUAUCCUGGCCACUUCUCUUUUCCCAUCAGUAGAUGUUGCUUCAGUUCCCAUUUCCUCACACUGCCUCUGUCAUUGGCUUCAGGCCCUUUUCACCAGUUGCUUAUCAAGGGCUUCUGAGCCUU